CACACAAAAAUAAUUUUAUUUGAAAAGUCUUCAUUUCUCCCAAAAAAAAGUCCUCUUUAUAAACCCUUGCCCGCCUGUAACCCUCUCUGUAUUUCCUUCCAUUCGCUUACCUUUUCCUUUUUGGCCAUGGCUACUUGUUCAGCGGACUUAGCUCCGCUUCUUGGCCCCAACGCCACCGCAGCAGCCGACUACAUAUGCAACAAGUUCAGUGACACUUCCUUUGCCGUUGACAACACUUACCUUCUCUUCUCAGCCUACCUCGUCUUCUCCAUGCAACUUGGCUUCGCCAUGCUUUGCGCUGGUUCAGUGCGUGCCAAAAACACCAUGAACAUCAUGCUUACUAACGUCCUCGACGCCGCCAUUGGUGGCCUCUUUUACUACCUUUUCGGGUUUGCCUUUGCCUUUGGUUCCCCUUCCAAUGGCUUCAUUGGUCGCCACCACUUUGCCUUACGAUCCGUUCCUUCAUCUUCGUUUGAUUAUAGCAAUUUCCUUUAUCAAUGGGCUUUUGCUAUUGCAGCUGCUGGCAUUACCAGUGGUUCCAUAGCUGAAAGAACCCAAUUCGUUUCUUAUCUUAUCUAUUCUUCGUUCUUAACCGGUUUUGUUUACCCUGUUGUUUCUCAUUGGUUUUGGGCGACUGACGGUUGGGCCAGCGCUUCUCGAGCAGAUGACUUCUUGUUUGGCAGUGGGGUUAUUGACUUUGCUGGUUCGGGGGUUGUUCAUGUAGUUGGUGGUGUAGCCGGUUUAUGGGGUGCACUUAUUGAAGGGCCAAGGAUAGGCCGGUUCGACCAUUCGGGUAGGUCAGUUGCCUUGCGUGGUCAUAGUGCAACCCUUGUUGUUAUUGGAACUUUCAUGCUGUGGUUCGGUUGGUAUGGGUUCAACCCCGGUUCGUUCAACAAAAUCUCCAGCUUUUACACCUCUGGCAACUAUUAUGGUCAGUGGAGUGCUGUGGGGAGAACGGCGGUGACCACCACUUUAGCAGGAUGCACGGCGGCGUUGACUACCCUUUUUGGGAAAAGGUUUUUGACCGGUCAUUGGAAUGUGACUGAUGUUUGCAACGGUUUGCUUGGUGGGUUUGCUGCUAUCACAGCAGGCUGCUCUGUUGUUGAACCCUGGGCUGCCAUUAUUUGUGGCUUUGUGGCUGCUUGGGUGUUGAUCAGUUGCAACAAGUUGGCCGAGAAAGUGAAGUUCGAUGAUCCACUAGAAGCGGCUCAACUACAUGGUGGAUGUGGUGCGUGGGGAAUUAUUUUUACAGCUUUGUUUGCUUCGGAAAAGUAUGUGAGGGAAGUUUACCCCAGCAGGCCAGUUCGAUAUGGGUUGUUUAUGGGAGGUGGAGGGAGACUGUUGGCUGCUCAUAUUAUCCAAAUUCUGGUCAUUGUUGGCUGGGUGAGUGUUACAAUGGGGACUUUGUUCUAUUUCCUUCAUAAAUUUGGGCUUUUAAGGAUUUCAGCUGAUGAUGAAAUGGCUGGCAUGGACCUGACAAGACAUGGGGGGCUUGCUUAUGUUUACCAUGAUGAAGAUGAAUCACAAAAACAGGGGACUCAGAUGAGGAAAAUUGAAAGCCAUCCAUCUCCGCCUUCAGUCUAAAAACAGUGGAAUUCAUACUUUUCAAAAGAACAAAAAAAAAAAAAAAGAAGUAUUUUUCUAGAAAUUGUGUAAGAUAAUUUUCCAAAUAUGUGGUUGGUUCAUAUUUCAGAAAAUUAAAAUGCUUGACUAAAAGGCAAAUCAAUGGUUUGAUUUUUAUUAUUAUUAUUUAUUAGAAUAUGGCAAUGUGUUGGUGAAAAAAGUCUUUGGCAGAUAGUUAGAGAAAUCCCCCAUUGAUGAUGGGGCUUCUUUUUGUCUUUUUCAGUAACCGAAGUAUUUCAUUAAUGGGCAUAUGAUAUGGCUGGACUGCCUCUUGGCUA